AUGGAGACUACCUCCCAAAAGAACGUCCAAGAUAAAGAGUCAAAAAGAUUCUCGACGCGGGUUGCGAUCAGUUUGGUGGAGAGUCGACCUGAGUUGAUCAUCAAUCUUGUUGAAGAUGGGCAUGUUCCCGGGUCUCGAAUCAAUGAGUCAGUUCGACGGAUGUUGAGAGAGAAGUUCCUUCUCGGCUUUUUCGAUAAUCUCUUUGUCGAUGUUGAGGCGGCAAACGAGAUCGUAGGCAAUCCACUAUUUGUCAGGGAAGGAGAAGUGGCACAGAGAAGAUCAUACACUGUCUUGACCAACAACGAUGAUACCUUGCCAUCAAGACUAGAAGAUGUAAAGACCAAGAGAACCUACGUGGAAGGAAUUAGCGAAGCUAUCACAGAGGCCAAAGGACUAAAACCGGUAUUAUCGCCUGGUGGAGUUGAUAUUGCGAUUCUUCGAUUGAAAUGUCCAUACGAACCAAGACCAGGAGGAUUUGAGGCACUUUUUCACGCCGGUGGCCUUGAAUUUCCGGCAAAAGAGAAGACAAGAUUGGCAGAAAUUUUCAAGGCCGUUCCAAUAUCCAUUGUCGAUAUGUACCUAGAUCGUCCGGGUGCGCCCACUGAGAUCGCUGAUUGGGCAACCGCACUGAUUGUCAAUUAUGUGAGCAGUGACAAUACAUCUCUCGAUGUGGCAUUUGGAGAUGCUUCUCCAGAGGCCAAGUUGCUAUUUGAUUUGCCUAGGUCGACGCCAGCGGUCGAGAAAGGUAGGGAAGAUGUUCCUUUCGACACAAAGGAUCCUCUCCUCCGUUUUGGGCAUGGACCCAGGUCUCAUUAA